CAAAUCAAACAAAACUCGUCGGCGUUGUUGAGCGAAGUUCGAGCACGUGGUACUACUUUAACUGUUGCUCCUUUGCUGGUAAUCUACAAUUUAUAAAAGGCCCUCAUUGCUACAUACAUUCGUCGCGCGAUCCCCACCGUAUUGGAAGCUCGCUUCAUUCCUACUUGCGCUCGAAAAUUGCAAAAAUGUCUCAUCCUAAACAAGUUGGACAAUAUAAAUUGGGCAAACUUCUCAUUGAGGGUAAGACCAAACAGGUAUUCGAUGUUCCGGACCAACCUGGGUACUGCUUGCUUCUUAACAAGGACAGAAUCACCGCAGGCGAUGGUGUCAAAGCCCACGAUUUGGAGGGAAAGGCGGCUAUUUCCAAUCAGACAAAUGCAAAAGUGUUCGAAAUCUUAAAGUCUGCAGGAAUCAAAACUGCCUUCGUUAAGAUUGCCUCUGAAACUGCGUUCUUAUCCAAAAAAUGUGAGAUGAUCCCCAUUGAAUGGGUUACCCGCCGCCUUGCAACUGGCUCGUUCCUAAAAAGGAAUCCUGGUGUACCAGAAGGCUUCAGGUUCACUCCUCCAAAACAAGAGACUUUCUUCAAGGAUGACGCAAACCACGAUCCCCAAUGGUCAGAGGAGCAAAUCAUUUCAGCCAAAUUCAAUUAUAACGGUCUUCUAAUCGGUCGCGACGAGGUCGACUACAUGAGAAAAGCUACGAUUCUAAUAUUUGAAAUCUUGGAGAAAGCUUGGGCUUUACGUGACUGCGCACUUAUUGACAUGAAAAUAGAAUUCGGAGUCGAUACAGAAGGUAGCAUUGUAUUGGCGGAUGUCAUCGAUUCUGACUCUUGGAGAUUGUGGCCUUCCGGUGAUAAAAGAUUAAUGGUUGACAAACAGGUGUACCGGAACCUCACAACGGUGACUGCAGCUGAUCUAGACACAGUCAAACGCAACUUUGCUUGGGUGAAAGACCAGCUUGAUUUCUUGAAGCCGACGAUCCACCACAAAGUUGUCGUCUUUAUGGGUUCACCAGCCGACCAAGAACAUUGUCAGAAAAUAGCUAAAGCUGCCCGUGAACUUGGACUGGAUGUCGACCUUCGCGUGACAUCAGCCCACAAGGCCACUGAAGAAACCCUUCGCAUUAUGCAGCAAUAUGAAGAUACGCAUGGUGCUCUCGUGUUCAUUGCUGUAGCAGGACGAUCGAACGGACUUGGGCCCGUUCUUUCUGGGAACACUUCCUACCCUGUCAUCAACUGCCCACCUCCUUCCGAUAAACUUGUACAGGACAUCUGGUCGUCCCUCUCCGUACCGUCUGGAUUAGGAUGCGCUACAGUAAUUUAUCCUGACAGUGCUGCACUAAUGGCUGCUCAAAUAAUCGGCCUUCAGGACUAUUUAGUGUGGGGACGUCUUAGAUCCAAACAACUUGACAUGGCACAUUCACUAAGACAAGCGGAUAAGAAGCUCAGGAACCAAACAGCUUAAUGUAUAACAAAAUACAAAAUGAAAAAUAAUAUGCAAGUGCCAAGAUUAGUCAGUCGUACUAUAAAUAAUAGAAAAAACAAUCAUAUUUUUACCAAGAAUAAUGAAAUGUUUUAUAAGUAUCAUGAAUGUUGUCUGUUUAAGUUGAACAUUCCAUAUUAUACUUAUUUCAUUAAAGAAAUCUUGUAAAGUUGUAA